GAGCCUGCUUCAGAUUCUAUCUCCUCUCUGCCAUAUAUAUAUACACAUAUAUAUUCCAUAUACCCAGCAUGCUUUUAGCUGCUUUGGGUAGUAGGAAAAGGUAGAUUAAACAACCCUGGACUUCCAAAGGCUAGAUUUGAUUUGCUUAGAAAGUACAUUAAAGUUGAGAAAAGGAGAGGCUCAAAGAAAGCAGUAUGUAAUCAUUUCCCUUUCAGCAAAGGGAAAGUCUUUGUGGGCUACAAUGGACAUGGAAGAUUUUCUACUGGAUAUGAAAUCUGAGCUGUUCUUGAAAGGAAUAUAGCUUCUGCAAAGAUGGGCAAGAGAGAAAGGAGCAUGACCUGUGAGCCUGGCGAGAGGAACCUUCAGCAAAGGCAAGGUGACCAUUCUGGCUUCUAGAGUGACUGUGCCAGCCUGGGUGAGGAGGCAGAGACAGGGCCAGAUGUCAGAGGCCAUGGAGCAGCCAGCUGCGAGUCCUGGAAAGCCGAGGCCGGGAGAGGGUGGUGAUGGCGGCACGGAGCCGAGCACCUGCCAGGAGCUCCUGCACCGGCUGCGGGAGCUGGAGGCAGAGAACUCGGCACUUGCCCAGGCCAAUGAAAACCAACGGGAGACCUAUGAGCGCUGUCUAGAUGAGGUUGCCAACCAUGUGGUACAGGCACUGCUAAACCAAAAGGACCUGCGGGAGGAGUGCAUCAAGCUGAAGAAGAGGGUGUUUGACCUGGAACGGCAGAAUCAGAUGCUGAGUGCCCUGUUUCAGCAGAAACUCCAGCUGACGACAGGCUCCCUCCCCCAGAUCUCACUUACCCCACUCCAGCCUCCAUCAGAGCCACCAGCCUCUCCCACCUUGAGCUCUGUCGAGGGACCGACCACUUCGCUGCCUCUGGGGCACUGUGCUGGGCAGAGAGAGGUGUGUUGGGAGCAGCAGCCACGGCCAGGAGGCCCAGGACCCCCAGCCGCCCCGCCCCCAGUGUUGGAUGCCCUGUCCCCUUUCCUUCGAAAGAAAGCCCAGAUCCUGGAGGUGCUGAGAGCCCUAGAAGAGACUGACCCCUUGCUUCUUUGUUCACCUGCCACCCCCUGGCAGCCUCCCAGCGAGGGUCCUGGUUCCCCAGAGCCCAUCAACGGCGAGCUGUGUGGCCCACCCCAGCCUGAACCCUCAUCCUGGGCCCCCUACUUGCUACUAGGCCCUGGUAGCCUGGGAGGCCUGCUACACUGGGAGCAUCUCUUGGGGGGCCCAGGGGAGGAAGAGGGUGCUGGGCCGCCCUGGGGCCCUGGUAGGGUCUCCUCCCAGGCCCAAGGCACUGGCUCUGGGCCUCCCUGUGCCCCAGGCAGCAGUUCCUCCUCCUCUUCUGAUGAGGCUGGUGACCCCAACGAGGCACCCAGCCCUGACACCCUGCUUGGGGCCCUAGCCCGAAAACAGCUAAACCUGGGCCAGCUCCUUGAGGACACAGAGUCUUACUUACAGGCCUUCUUGGCUGGGGCUGCAGGCCCACUCAGUGGGGAACAACCAGGUCCCGGGCAGCCAUCUUCCCCAGACCAGGGCCCCCCACAGCUGUCCAAGUCCAAAGGCCUCCCCAAGUCCGCUUGGAGUGGGGGUACCCCAGAGGCCCACAGGCCAGGCUUUGGUGCUACCUCAGAGGGCCAGGGGACUCUCCCCUUCCUCAGCAUGUUCAUGGGUGCAGGUGAUGCCCCCCUGGGCUCUCGGCCUGGCCACCCCUACUCAUCUCAGGUGAAAAGCAAGCUCCAAAUUGGCCCCCCUUCUCCUGGAGAAGCCCAAGGACCCCUUCUGCCAUCUCCAGCCAGAGGUCUCAAGUUCCUAAAGCUGCCUCCAGCCUCAGAGAAGGUCCCCAGCCCAGGAGGCCCCCAGCUCAGCCCCCAGCUUCCCCGGAACUCCAGAAUUCCCUGUCGAAACAGUGGCUCAGACGGCAGCCCGUCCCCAUUGCUGGCGCGCAGGGGUCUGAGUGGAGGAGAGCUGUCCCCGGAGGGGGCACAGGGCCUGCCUACCAGUCCUUCCCCCUGCCCCUCGGCCCUGGACUCUGCACAGCUGAGACCUCCCCAGCCAGCUUUGUCCACCACGCUGUCCCCGGGACCUGUGGUAUCUCCCUGCUAUGAGAACAUCCUGGGCCUUUCCCGGAGCACCUUUAGGGGGCCUUCCCCAGAUCCUCCUCCCUCCCCACUGCAGGUACCCACCUACCCACAGUUAACUCUGGAGGUGCCAAGGGCCCCUGAGGUCCUUAGAAGUCCUGGAGCUCCUCCCAGCCCUUGCCUCCCAGAGUCCUGCUCCUAUGGGAGUGCCCAGGAAAAGAGUUUGGACAAAGCAGGCUCGGAGUCUCCACAUCCUGGCCGCAGGACCCCAAGCAGCUCAUCGAAGAAGCCCAGCCAGGGGGCAGGGCGGCGACCUGGGGAUGCUGGCUUUACACCUCUGAGGGACAGACUGGCAGCCCUGGGGAAACUGAAGACUGGCCCUGAGGGGCCAGAGAAAAAUGGGGUGCCAGCCAGGCCUGGCACCGAGAAGGCCCGGGGAGUAGGGAGGUCAGGGGAGAGCACUGGAGACAUGGCACCCACCAACCCCAGGCCUCCUGAGGGGCCAGAAGUCAAGGGGGCCUUGCGGGCAGCAGUGGCCUUAGGCACAAGCAGCCUGAAACAGCAAGAACCUGGGCUCCUGGGGGAUCCUGGGGCCCGAGUCUAUUCCUCCCACUCCAUGGGGGCCCGGGUGGACCUGGAGCCUGUCUCACCAAGGAGCUGCCUCACCAAAGUGGAGCUGGCCAAGAGCCGGCUGGCAGGGGCCCUGUGCCCCCAGGUACCCCGUGCCCCUGCCAAAGUGCCCACCUCAGCCCCCAGCCUUGGCAAGCCCAAUAAGAGCCCCCACGGCAGUCCUACAAAGCUGCCCUCCAAGUCACCCACCAAGGUGGUACCCCGACCUGUGGCCCCACCAACUACCAAGGAGCCCCCAAAGCCUGACAAGGGCAAGGGCCCACCUUGGGCAGAGUGUGGUGGUACUACCGCCCAGCCUACAUCCCCCACGCCCAGCCCUGCCGACCCAAGCCAAGGCCCUGAGGGGCAGGCCCCACACUCAGCCAUUGAGGAGAAGGUGAUGAAGGGCAUUGAGGAGAAUGUGCUGCGGCUCCAGGGCCAGGAGCGGGCCCCAGGCACUGAGGCCAAGCACCGCAACACCAGCAGCAUUGCCAGCUGGUUUGGCCUUAAGAAGAGCAAGCUGCCAGCGCUGAACCGCCGCACAGAGACCACCAAGAGCAAAGAGGGGGCUAGCGGGGGCUCCCCACUCCGGAAGGAAGUCAAGAUGGAAGCCCGGAAGCUGGAGGCAGAGAGUCUCAACAUCUCCAAGUUGAUGGCCAAGGCAGAAGACCUACGCCGGGCACUAGAGGAGGAGAAGGCCUACCUGAGCAGCAGGGCCCGGCCCCGGGCCGGAGGACCAGCGCCAGGACCAAGUACAGGGCUGGGGCAGGUGCAGGGCCAGCUGGCUGGCAUGUACCAGGGCGCAGACACCUUCAUGCAGCAGCUGCUCAACAGGGUGGAUGGCAAGGAGCUGCCCCCCAAGAACUGGCGGGAGUCCAAACCAGAGUAUGGUGAUUUCCAGUCAGUGUCCUCUGACCCCAAGAACCCCUGGCCAGCCUGUGGGCCCCGAAAUGGCCUGGUGGGGCCUCUUCAGGGCUGUGGAAAACCUCCUGGAAAGCCAAGCAGCGAGCCAGGAAGGCGGGAAGAGAUGCCCUCAGAGGACAGCCUGGCUGAGCCAGUGCCCACCUCACACUUCACAGCCUGUGGCUCCUUGACUCGAACCCUGGACAGUGGCAUUGGGACCUUUCCACCCCCAGACCAUGGCAGCAAUGGGACCCCUAGCAAGAAUCUUCCCAAGACAAAGCCACCGCGACUGGAUCCCCCACCUGGAGUGCCCCCAGCUCGGCCCCCGCCCCUUACCAAAGUCCCCCGCCGCGCACACACGCUGGAGCGUGAGGUGCCGGGCAUAGAGGAACUGCUGGUGAGCGGGCGGCACCCUAGCAUGCCAGCCUUUCCCGCUCUGCUCACUGCUGCUCCGGGCCACCGGAGCCAUCAGGCCUGUCCUGACGGUGAGUGUCUGGGCAGAAGGGUGGGCCAUCCCUGGAGCUUUACCCGCCACCAUCCCUCUUCCCCUUGUUCCCAUGCAGAUCCCUGUGAGGACCCAGGCCCUCCCGCUCCUGUCCAGCUGGCUAAGAACUGGACCUUCCCCAAUGCGAGGGCAGCCAGCAGCUCCACUGACCCUUUCCUAUGCCCAUCCCGACAAUUGGAGGGGCUGCCCAAGACCCCCAUGGCCCUGCCCAUGGACCGGAAGCAGAACCUGGAGCCCAGCCAUCCAGCCCCUACACCGCAGGGCCCAGCAUUUGGAGGUAGCCGCACACCCAGCACAUCUGACAUGGGCGAGGAAGGGAGAGUGGCCAGUGGGGGCCCCCCAGGGCUGGAGACCUCAGAGUCUCUCAGCGACUCCCUCUACGACUCGCUCUCCUCCUGUGGGAGUCAGGGCUGAGGGGCUGCACUGCGCUACGGUCCCUCUCUGGAGUUGGAAACCACUGACUGGACCAGCUCUCCUGGUGCCCCAUCCCUCAGGGCCAGUGGGGCCCCUCCCUACAGGGACCAAGGAGGCAGAUGGAUAAGAAGAUGAAGGGGGUCCCUGACACCCCCCACUGCCCACUGCUGCUGUGGAGGAGAUGACCGCUCUCAGCUCAGGGAGAGACCCCACCCUUGGUCCCUUCUCUCACCCGGAGUAAGGCUCUUCCUCUGAGGGACUGGGGGUUCAAGGGCGCUGUAUCCCAGCCCCCAGCUCUCCCUUCAGGCCGAGCCAUCUUGUGGUGCUGGGCUUCCUGCCCACCAGCUGUGCCAUCUCUGCCAUCUCUGCCAAACCUGGCUGCUCCCGGCCCUGGAGCCCCACGGGGCCAGCCCAGAGUCCCCGUGCUGGUGGAGUUUGGGGGCAUAGGGUCAAGUUGCCUUCUCUCUCUGUCUGCCCUGGUCCUCCCUGCUGUCUGGAUGGUGCUGCCCUCCCCCACCCCAUGUCUCUGGGGUCCGUUUGUCUGUCUUUUUGUUGUUUUUUUUUAUAUUAAAGCGCCUCGCCUGGCCCCCAUCCCCCAUCCCUGCACUGCGGUUAAUUUAUCUGUCAUUAAGAACUGGCUGCUCUGCUUCCAGCCUCUGCUUCGGCCCUAUUCCUAAUAAAAUGUGGAGGCCUCUCCCUG